AUGGUUCGAACAAAGACGCGGCCCCUAACAGUUGAGGAGAGAUAUCCCAACGGUCAAAAAGCAAAUUACCUGCCACCUAAACACGUAUGCACAUACAACAAUCGGAUUUUCACUGAUCAUAAUGGCAAUCAAGCUUUGAUGUCAUGGGCAAGCUUAUCUCCCAAUUGUCCCUUGCCCCCUCUUCCUUGCUGGGUGUUCUACAUAGUCCACCCUCAUAAACCAUCCGACUUUGAUGGCUGUGCAUUUUUCGAGAGACUAGAGAAUGAAGAAGGCUACGGUUUAACCUCCUGGUGUCGAUAUGAGUUCUUCUUCCUUCCCGGUGCCACGGCAGAGGAGUGUCAUGCGCACUACGUUGAGGAGAUCAAGUCUCGGGGCACCAUCUGGGAUCAGAUUACCAAGGUCAAAAACGCCAUCGAGCUUUACGAAGAAAAAAACGGCAAAAUACAACCAAACAGACCGCCCAUAUUCGAAUAUUCGCCUUUUGACCGAGAUUACAUUGAGAAAGGCCAACUUCCUGGAUUAGUUGUACCAGACCAUGUCUACAACGAAGACUUCUCAUACGGCAACUGGUUCUUUAUAUAUGCCGACGCAAAUCCUGACUGCAGCGGUCGUGAAGGCCUGACACGUGAGAUAUACGUCGUCGAAUUUGAUCCUAUUGCGGAGGAGGAACAGGACGACGAAGGGUUUGACCACAGGGAUCCCAUUGAUGUGGAACGGGUGAACGCCAGGGGAGAACCUGGGUGGGAGAGGGGUCUGGUUGACUAUAUGGGAAGAAGGGAUAAUUCAAAUUGGAAGCGUGAGGCUAUUGAUGCGACCGGUCAGGCUUUUAAGCUGGCUUGGAAGUCUUGUUCUUCAUUCUUUCAACCACUUGUUCGCGGCACCGUCUACAUCAUGAGAUUCAUACACCUGUUAGCUCUGUGCUCCUCAGCCUUGGCAUCACCUUGCAAACCUUCUUCAGCAACAUCUGCUGUAGUCACUACUACUGAAGGGCCUUUGCCUACAACUCAACCAGUCACUACUUCCGAGAUUGUCAUCACCACGGCCUCUACAACAUCCACCGAGCCUUCUACUACGACAUCAGAUGUCCCCCAGCAGCCAUCCAACGUGCUUCGUAACGCUGGCUUCGAAGAUAACACCAUCACGCCUUGGGUACGAUCCAGAGAUUCCGGAAACCCUGUCCUUUCGACUGCGGAAGCCCACGAAGGUAGCCAAUCUGGAUACAUCAGCGCCGCUCCUGGAGGUCCCGCAGAUAUUGGCUUCCGACAAGUCCUUGAUGCUUCCUUGAUUGAGGCGGACAAACCGUAUACGUUUUCUGUCUAUGUUAAAACGACGCUUGCAUCCAGUUGUUUUAGCCAAUUUGUGUCGUGUGACUCGGGUGCGGGAUAUUUUAACAAUGCACUGUUUGGAGGACCGCUUAAUGAAUGGGUACUGGCAUCGGUGACGUGCUCGUGGAGUCAGGCUCGCUUGGAUGCUGGUGCCAGUGUUGCUGUCAGGGGUACAUGUGAGCGUUUGAGCUUUUAUGUUGACGAUGCCAGCUUGGUGGCAGUUGAGUGA